AGUAGUGACAGAUGUCCGUCUACAAUUCCUUCUGGAAGCUGUGAGCUGACAGAUCUCGCCUUUCUAAACGGGCAAUAUGCAACCGUUUCAAGUCUAAAGUCAACUCCACCGUCGACCUAUUGACUUGCGGCUAAUGUUAGUGCUUAACUGCACAUCUGAGACUACCACACACACCGUUGGUCAGCGUCAUACUUUUAACUUUAACUACGGCUCAAGCCCUCUCCCAUCGCUAUCUUUACCCUUGCAUCUUAGAUUCAUCCUCUUUCUCGCUACACUUCUCUCUACAUAUUUCUGGGGUAGUACUGGUCUCUUGGUGUCCAUCGAACUCAAUACCACACCUAUCGAAGCCCUACAUUGUGCCCUGCUUGGGGUAGACCAUCAUGGCUCUCGAUGCCAUCUUGAAGGAAGUCUGGGCUCUGUAUGCAAUUGCUACAUUCAUCAUCUUGGGCCGUUAUGCAGUCCGUCUGCGCACCGUCGGCAUCAAAGGCCUUUACUGGGAUGACUUGUUCUGCUUCGGUGUCUUGAUCUUCAACACUUCCGAUGCUGUUCUUGUCCAUCUGGUACACUACACUGGCGAAAGCUCAGAAGUCAGUGAGAAAUGGCUUCAAACCGCAACGCAAGCGGACAUCGACCGCGUAACAUAUGGCUCCAAACUCGAAUACGCUGCUUGGUGUAGUUACCCUGCAUUGAUUUGGUGCAUGAAGUUCACCAUGCUAUUCUUCUACAAGCGUCUGACACUUGGCUCUUUCCACAACAAGAUGAUCAAGUAUCUCUUCUGGUUCACUGGGGUCAGCUAUGUCAUUGUCUGGUUUGUGCUCAUCUUCGGCUGCUUCCCUACCCACAUGAACUGGCAGGUCACACCUGCGCCUCCAUGGAAGUGUGCUUUCAGACCGCAAAACUUCCUUGCUGUCGCCAUCCCCAACAUCCUGACCGACGCCGCUAUUCUUAUGGUCCCGAUCCCCAUGCUUUGGCAGCUGAAGAUGCCCUUGAAGAAGAAGAUCACUAUCGGAGUCGUUUUGUCGUCGGGAUUGUUCGUCAUUGUCGCCGCCAUCAUCCGCGUUGUCCUGUCUCUUGACGCUGCACCGUCUGCCGCCAACAUCAACGGUUGGGGAGUCCGCGAGACCUUCAUCGGUAUCUUCACCAUCAACGUACCCAUCCUACGCCCGAUCUUCAGCAGAGCAUUCUGGUUGCCAGGUGCAUACGACCCGAACGCUUCCGGCAGGGGAUCGGGAUAUGGCAGAUCUGGGCACAACUUACACUCGGCCCCCAACAAGUCAUACAAGGGCACGAAGCUCAGUAGUGAGAUCGACAAGUCAGCCACCGUUGGUGAGUAUGAGCUUGAAGGCCGAACUCCUGUCUCGGACACUUUCGACAUCGAAAGUAAUGCCUCAACAGAAAAGAUGGUCCCUACAAGAAGCAACCACAGUCAACAGUACCCGUAUGAUGUGGAAGACGGUGUUCGAGUUGAGACUUCUUAUGCCAUUCGUAGCACUCGUCGCGACGAGGAGACGGGUUCAAUGGGCGGAGUCUGGAACAGCAUCGGUGUGCCGAAAUGAGUCUAUACUUGAUGCAUUUCCUUUGUCUAAAAGCUAUCAUAUAAUAUUUGCUUGUCUACGGACUGACCCCACCCGAAGAGAUGAUAUCCCGGGGUCAUGCAGAGCACGAAU